AUGGCCCAAAGCUUCGCGCACGACAAUCAAUUGAUCUUUGUACCUAACGCCGAAGACGGAAGAAAACGCCGUAAUCGCCUUUCGCAGAGGAAACAUCGAGCCAAAUCAAAUGCGAGAAUCAACGAGCCACCUGCUUCGUUGACUCAACAGCAGCCUGUUUUUGGGGUUGCGCCGCCACUCUCUGUGGUUAACUGCUUCCCCUCCUUGACAUCACCAGUCGACAUCCCCUCCCAGCAAUAUACGCAUCUGAACGAUGCACCCCAGCAUUAUGAAUCAAGUUCCUGGCCUUCAGAUGAGUUGCUGUUGGACGAAUACCACGCGCAGAGCAUAAUUUCCCAGCAGCACGGCAAGGACGGGCUCACUGCCCAACCACAGAACGGAACUGAAGCGCCUAGCGGUCAUCUCGGCCACAUUGAAACUCAAAUUUUGCUUCAUCCCUUAGACAUUGCCAGCGCUCCUUUCUCCUCUGAUUGCGCUUCGGGAGCUGAGUUUGAUGCAAUGAUGACUACGGCCGAGAUGCCACCGUUUUCAACCAACGGCGGGGGAUUCCACAACGAGACCUCCGACGCCGCAUGCCCAACUCCCAAAAGUGACAGCAUGGAGGGAAACGGCGCCAGCAGUCUCGAGGCCAGGAUGGAGCGCAUGCUGGAAGUGAUAGAAGAGCUGGGAUUCGAGAACAUUGACGUUAUGACCUCGACUUACUACACAGCAGACUUUCAGCGGGGCACACUGGCGCACCUGGCGCAGGCCGCCAGCCGGCGGCGGCGUCUGCGCAAGGUCAUCGCUACGCUGCACAGUAGCUCGCAGGGCUGGGGUAGGAGCGAGGCGCAGGGCUACCACGACGCGAUGCUGCGAUCGGCGGAGCACCAUUACACGCAGGAGCUGUUACGCCACUCGGACAAAAAGCCGACCAGAGACCUGGGCGAUCAGGUCGGUGGCGCUGGAGAAAGCGGCCUCUCGGACAAUCCCGGAUACAUGGUCUUUACUGUCCAGCUUGGCAAGCAGCGCUAA